AUGGCGGAUCAGCAAGAGGAAGAGGACCUGAAAGUGGCCCUGAAGAUGAGUAUGCAUCACACUCCACCCAAGCCGAAGCGGAGUAAGCCCAGAGAAGGACCCAUAUCCGGAUCGACGGCGGGAGAGUCGUCGAACGAGUCCCCGGAGGCGAAAGAGGUAUACUUAGUGGACAAAUCAGGGUGUAAGGUUCUAAUGGCUAUAACUGUGGAAGAGCUUCUUACUCUUGGAAAUCUGUCAGGCCUUGAGUAUCCUGCUCUCCGAUUCUUCUGUCUUCUCUUCUCUUUGCAAACAUUACAAGUAAUUCUCCUCAUCUUCCUUAUUCUGAUAAACGAUGGAUCAUAUAUAUCUGCUAUUGUUGACCCAAACACUGAGGGUUCUAUUAACAAUGAGAAAGGUGAGGAAGUUGCCAAAGCUCUUGAAGGGCUUUCCAUUGAGUCUGCUUCAGAUUUGCAGAAGAUCCUAAGAGUCGAGAUAUUCAUGGCUCGGGCCAAUUCCAAUGUUCCAAAGUCAUAUGGACGAUUCUUCUCUAAUUUAGCAUUUGUUUUUAUAGUGUUUGCCCUCGAUACGUCUGUCCAGGAAGAGAACGAGAUCAGACAGAGGGGGUACCAUAUAAGAAGAGCCUUCGAAGCUCGAGACCAGAGUGGGGGAGGAGGAUUCAUAACUGUCUAAGCCUUCCACCAACUUCUUCGGGAAACAAACAUCAGACUCCCUCCCGAGAAGUUCGAUAGCCUCUCUGCCCCGGGGGUUCAUCGUGUGGAUGAGUUUUGGCAGGAGUUGGAUCAAGAACUGGGAGGGCGAAAGGAUUCAACAGGGAUGAUGGGGAAGAAGGUUUUCAGUCUGUGUCAAUUCAACGGGAUCGAGAAAUCAGACAUAAACGGGGGUCAAGCAAUGAUCGUUGAAGGGGAGGCUCCAACACAAAGGCCUCGGCUCACGAAACUAAGGGUCUCGGUUCAUUCAAAGCGGGUGCCGGAUGAAUACAUGGCAAUGCCGGACAGCUCUAACGUGGUUAAGAAUGUCUCGAAAGUGAACCAAACGGAACGGUCUCAGCACGCGCCACUUGUGGACUGCAUCAGAAUGCGGUGACUUCGUGCAACGUGCCGCUGGGUCGGAGAUCCUCCGAGCAUAGUUUGAAGCAGUUCCGUCCUGACUCUUUCUCUGUUUUUGCUUUUAGUGAUUAGAGUUUGCGUUUCGAAACGCUAGAGAGAG